AUGAUUCACCAUCUUUAUAAAGGAGCUGAUGAUGAUGGUGAGUCACAGAAAGCAGUUUGGACGAUAGAUGUAUGGGGUUUAACUCUGAAGGGUUCAUUCCUUGCAAUUUGUCGUUCACAUGUUUCUCCCAUUGUUAACCCAUAUAAAAGACCCAAGUUUUCUGUCAUGAGACUCAUGACAUUCAAGAAUGCUAAGCUUCAUCUUCCAGUUGCCAGCAUUUUCAGUCAUCAAUGGCCUGACCCAGGUUUGAUAAGUGCAGCGGCUAAGUCGACCCAAAAGAUUGAACCCAAAGACUAUGUAAAAUGA